GUCAUAGACGGUUCGCGGGACACGGGGCAGGGGAUUGCGUUAAAAUUCCGAAAGCUACGUUGCCACGUGACAGAGGCACAUGUUACUAUGUUAUCCGUUUGAAAUCGAAAUUAACGUUCGCCGCCGUUUCCUGCCAGGAGAAUGAUACGACGCCGUCGUUGGAAUCGCCGCGUGUGUACCAAAUCGGUUUGGUGACUUGGUUGGUGUGUGCGUUCGUCGGACGUAUUUUUCAUGUGCUUUCUUUCUCGGUACCUCGGCCACGGUGCUCCGCUCUAGGACCACGAUGUAUCGUUAGACGCUAUCGUGCUCGUAACUUGACGGCAAUCGAUAGUUUCCUCUGAGGAAAGGAAGGAGAGAGCCACAGCUCCUCCCUCUCGGGUUCCGUGGAGACUCGUUUCCGAUGUACUUUCCUGGUGGUGCAGAGGAUAUGCGGUACCGGCAGAUCGUCGUCGAAAGGGACGAGGGUUGCCCGAGCGGCGUACAACGUAAAAUCGAUCUAAUGUACGCGACCACGCGAUCAGUCGCCGAUCUCCUUCGGAUCACGAUAAAACUGGAUCACUGUUUCACCUGAGAUGAAUUUACGCUUGAAAGAUAAUCGGGAGAUAUACCUGGACCAACUGACUGAAAGUAGACCGUAGAAACGUCAAGAUAAAACGAUCAGAUAAUCGACACGGUGAGGAAGUUCAAAGUUGUGAGGAGAGGAUAAAAAUUGAAUUCGUUGGAGAAAAGUGCGAAAUAGUGGGAAGCUGAUGUGUAGCACGAUGGGUCAGAGAGAAACUGGAAAGAAGAAGUCGCUGCUUUAGAAGAAGCGACGGGGUUACUCGGAAAAUAAGAAAUAAGAAAUUGCUUGUGAAAUUAAAAGUCCAAGCUUCAGAAACAGCGUGGAGGAAGGCUCAGGAAUAUAAUCGGAAUUGAAGAAAGAAUUGAGAGUGAAUUGUCUGUAAAAUAUCAAGCGUAUAAAAGCCAAACUAGUAAAACUAAACGAGUGAAGCAAUAACUGAAAGAAUAACAAGGUCGAAGCAUUCGAAAUAAAAAAAAAAAAAAAAAAUUCAAAAAAUUAAAAAAAAAAAAAAAAAAAAAAAAAAAAACGGUGGAGAACAAAGAAGACAGAAAAGCUGGCGUCGCAAGUACGUGAGGGUGGCUCUCGCGGGACUCGGACCCGUCGACGGACCACCAAUGGCGGCUCGUUGUCCAGCCGAGGAAGCGCGACGGGCAUGCAAUGCGGUCUGUGCGCUGUCGUCGCGGGACUUUUCCGCCGAGCGAUGUGCAUCGCGGGCAGCAGACGGGGCUCUGGUGAAUCCUGUUAUCAGGAGCUUACCGAUCCUGAGGGGCGACGACAUUCCCAGCUCGCACCAAUCGAAACCGGUCUAACGGCGGCUGAGAUCGCGGAACACGUGAUAGAGGCUGUCGAGGCCGUAGAAGAGAGGAGAAGUGCAGAGAUAACGGUGGACAGUGGAGAACAGAAUGCUGUAUUUGUCCGCAUUUCCGAAAGCGCUGCAUUGCCAACAUCCGGCGUAUCGGCAACUUUAGCGGAAGUUCGCAAUGAAGCGAAGACAGACGCGGCAUUCAGACGCAUGUCGGAAAUAGACCGAAUCCUGCUUGAGAGUUUGGAUAUCGGUCGUUCCAGGCCCAGGCCCACCGGUCGAUUCCUAACGAUGCACAAGAGACGCCGUAAGAGGCUUACCACAAGAUCCUUAACCGAAGAACCUGGUAUACUGGACGAUAUUUUCCAUGGCCUGGUUCAGUGUGUGUUACAAAAGGCUGGAAAUUGGAGAUUUAACGCUUUCACGCUGGAAACAGUGACGGGAGGACGUUCGCUGCCGGUACUAUGCGUCCACCUUUUUCACUGGUAUGGGCUUCUACAACACUUCAACCUGGACGUGGUAACUGUGUGGAAAUUAUUUGCCUUCAUCGAGGAGGGUUAUCACAGCACAAAUCCUUACCACAACAGUAUACACGCGACCGACGUAACUCAGGCGAUGCAUUGCUUCUUGCAAGAGGAAAAAAUUAGGACGCACUUAACCAACUUGGAGAUUAUGGCAUCGCUGAUUGCCGCGGUGACGCACGAUCUGGAUCAUCCAGGCGUCAAUCAACCAUUUCUAGUUGCCACGAGCAAUCAUUUGGCUGCUCUUUAUCAAAACACGUCAGUUCUUGAGAAUCAUCAUUGGAGAUCAGCGAUAGGAUGCCUUCUGGAGAGUGGAGUUUCCGAUCAGUUACCAGCGAAUGUGAGGCCAGAACUUCAACGGCACAUCAGCUCGUUGAUUUUAGCCACAGAUAUUACCAGACAACAAGAAUUUCUCAUUCGAUUCAAGCACUACUUGGACGAAAACCUGUUGGAAAUGAGGCGCGCAGAUGAUCGACAUUUCAUUCUACAAAUAGCCCUGAAAUGCGCCGAUAUAUCGAACCCAUGCAGACCUUGGGACAUCUCGCAGAAGUGGUCGCACAAAGUAUGCGAAGAAUUCUUUCGUCAAGGCGAUUACGAACGUCGUCUGAACCUUCCGGUGACACCAUUAUGCGAUCGGCAUACCACUAGCAUACCAAAGAUACAGGCUGGAUUCUUUAAAUUCGUCGUAUCGCCUCUGUACGAAGAAUGGCAUCGUUUUUUGGGCGAUGGUCUUAGUGUAUCGUUAAUGGAACACCUUCGAGCAAAUCAGAAGAAAUGGGAGACUUUAAUUCUCCAAGAAACGGCGAAGGAAACAGAAACGGAGAUCUCAGAACUCGACGAAAUAGAAGACGCGGUCAGUUCUGUGGACGAUCCAACUGCAGAAGAAGAUACGGAGAAUAUCAGUUUGCUUAUACCAGCUGCGUAUGUCCAAUCCUCUAAAAUGCAGAGUCUACCAGCGCGAGUUGGCCUGGAACACGUUGGAAGACGCCAUUCUGUACCAUUGAGUAUCACGAAACCUUUAACUCUUCUUCCACGAAGUAACGUUAGGCGUGAAAGUUUACCGAGUGAACAGAGCAAAUCGAGAAAUCUUUUGUGGAGACUGGACGAUCAGUCCAGUUUUCUAGAUCCAAGUUCGUUGUCGUUACUGUCGUCCAAAACCAGUAUACCGGAACUUUCCCCGAGUGCCAAUAACACAGGAGAGAGACCAGUCAGUGCUGAAAGUCUUCUGCCAGAAACCAGCAUAGCUAGUAUCACCAAUAGCACUGAGGCAACGAGGUUAAGCACGGUAUUACAAUCGGAUGCUCAAAAGCCAAGUACGCAGACAAAACAGCUAACGAGGCAACAAACUUUCCCUCCAUUACAACCUUAUGUUAGAACAAGGUAUCUAUCCGCGACCGCGGAGAUGUCGCAAUGUUACUCACAAAUCUUAAUAGAGACAGAGAGCUCGGCUUCUUCCUCAUGUUCGGUAAAAGAGAAAUCGUGCUCGGAUGGCCGUUGCGGUACUCCUCCAACAAAGGAGAUAGACUCUAGUAACGUUCAAUUGUCAAAAGACAUAGAUAUACUAAAUAAAAGACGAGCUUCUGCAAUUUCGGAAACAUUUAGGCAGAAAACAGAACCAAUAUCGGCUGUCGAAUAUCCACGACGUCAUUCGGUCCAAACGAUCCGUAUUGAAGAUUUCAGCUUUAAAAAUCGUUAUAAGCGACCAACUUCUGCUCAAGGAACGGAUUCUACGCAUAUCUUCUACGCGCCGUUAACUGGUUCACAUUCCGAUAAAGAUGGUCAUAGUAUUGAAGAGGAAUCCAAGUUGGAUGUUACUUCCAUCUCGAAAACGAAAUUGGAGAGUGAAAAGUCGAUAAGCGAGGAACAACGGACUACGACGGUAACGUUAUUAAACAAAUCGGAACAGUGUGGUUCAAUAACCGUUGCUACAAAACCAAAGUGUACCAACUCCGAAUUACGAAGAUACUCAACUCCUGUGCCAGAAACUAAGACAAUAACGACUGAUACCGGUGGUAGACGAUUUACCGCGAUACCAGUGUCCUCCGAACUUAGUACACAUAAAGUGUUCUUUAUUGGUAGCCCACCAGACUCACCGCCCUUUAUUCAGAGCGUGUCCUCAUCAAGCGAUAGUAGUAGCGAUUCGCGAAGAGGAGAUAUGAAUAACGAGAUUGUUUCUACUAGUAAUAAGCGAGACUCUGAUCCAAUAAAAGAAAGAAAUUCGAAGGUAGCCAAACUAAGUAUGGAUAUGCAGAUGAAGGAAAAUGUUGAUCCCCGAGCGAUGGAAGAUACAAAAGGAAUUGCUUUAUCUAGGAAGGGAAGUCAGUCAUGGACUAGACGACGUGGAUCCGCUCCAGUUGGUCUUCUAUCUAGAUUGGAUGACAUCGCAGUACCAUCUAUAACAACCAGAGUUGAUCACACUUCCAGACGUGGUUCUGUACCAAAUGACAUUACUAGACAACAAGGUGGCGGUUUUAAUAGAUUAGCCUUGGGACCUCGAGAGGGUAAUGUUGCAGCACCUCGAAGAGCAAGUCUUCCACAAGAAACUGCUCUUGGAAAUCUUCUUGGCAAUAUUUUGUCUUUAACUAAUGAACGAGAGAACCUCCCAAUAAAUAAUAAUAAUAAUAACAAUAAUACCGGAAGUAGCAACAAUAACGGAAUAACAAGAAUAGUUGAUAGCAUCGGCCCUGGCAUGCCAUCUCCGCGGCGAGGUUCAGUGCCGGCAGACAUAUCUGAAUUACGCCGUGAUAUGUUCAAUAGGAGUAGUAUAAAUGGUAAGCCUCGUAAUCGGAAAAAGAUAUUGAGGAGAAGGAGUUCUGGAGGACCAGAAAUGUUUUCUGGAGGAUCCACAGAUGGAAACGAUAAUGGCACAUGGCUUAAAUGGAAGAGGGAACUAGGAAAAAAGGACUCAAUUCCUGAACCGCUCGUCAAACGAAGAGGUUCCUUGCCCAUAGAGAUGGUGGCCAUUUCUCAUGCUGGUCGGUACAAUCAUAGAUAAAGGAGGAUGUCGUUAAACACAAGCCGGAUCGGGAUCAGCAGCACGAAGAUCCAGUUUAUGGAGGCUUUAGCAUGCAAUAGAAACAAGUGGACCGUCCGUGUUAUCAGCGGUUGAUAUCAGAUCAUCGAAUACUACCGUACUGACAGUCUUUCCUUACAAUGUUAGCAGCAACAGCGAUGAUUGACUUUCUGGAUUGCCAAAACUGGAACUCUUCUAACCAACUAUAAUUGUGGGCAAGUGAAUUUUGUAAAAUUAAUCGAAAUUUCUGUAGUAAUGUUCGCAAUAAGGAAAUGAAGAAAAAUUUUCAGGACGAAAUUAAACGAUCACUAAUAAUAAUUUUAUUGCCAUUAUUGCAAAUAUUAUACGAAUUAACAUCUAGAAAAGAAAGUGAAACAAUCUACUUUAAAGAAAAAUAGUAUAUGUAUAACUUUGAACAUAUACUAUAAUGUAUCUAUAUUAAUGUAGAAUACAAAUUCAAGAUUGGCAGUUUGUUAACAUGAAAUUUUGCGACAGGGUUACAAUAGCGAAAGAAAAAAAUGAAAAGUAUGAAUUCUAAAUUCUUCCCCGCAAUUAGUGCGCCCACGUGGAAGAAAUAAAAGUAUGUACGCAUAUUAGUUACGUGAGCUCUAUAUU